AACCAGCUGAUUUGGGCCAGUCGGAGCGCACCUGACGUUAGUGCUUAGUGUAACACUUGAUAUCCGUAAACCCUGUUCCAACCCUCGCUCCCCUUCCUUCCCAAAAACUCUCUCGAUUUCAUUUUGUGUGGUUCGGGGGCUAUUUAACUCCAGUGACAUCGAAGAGCACAUCCAAUGCCUAUAAGAGAGCAGACUUACGAGACUCGUCUCCGUUCCAACGGUUUGAGGGCACUUCACCAAACAUACAAGUGGCUUCAUAUGACACAAGAUCUCCACGAUCAUCUUAUUGAAUUAGUAGGAACUGACUGUAAGACAUCGUCUUAUAACCAAUAGGAACUUUUUGUUGAUAUUGUUAACUGUUACAAAGUAUUUAGAUAUAUAAUCUAAAAUUUGUCAAGUAACCUACAGCACUGAAACUUACUUUUACUGGUUGCUGUGUUUUGUUUUGGUUUAGGGUUCGGUAUUAACGUUUUAGUUAAAACCUCCUAAUAGUCUUAUAGCCUACCUAAGUUCGCACGAUCACCGGCAGAGUCCAGAUCUGAGUAGUUUAGAGUUUUAAGUUAAUUAGCCCACCAGGGAUCCGAAACGUCAACCAUGAUGUCAAUGAGAAAGUUGGGCCUCGCCCUCCCCCAGUUGUAUGGGGGAGCUGUGACAUCCCAAUCUGCAGCAACUGCUGUUGCUGCUUCUGCAGCCGUUGCAACCAAUAGGAGACAUCUCAGUACGCAGGAUGCUGGAGCAACAACAAAACCAGCUAAGACCCCAAAACGGGUGGUUUUCAUUUCCCAAUCGACGAAUGUCUUUGCGAAUUUGGCCUUUGAAGCCUGGAUGUACAAGAACUGGUGUUUUGACAAGAAGCAAGUGCUCUUCCUGUGGCGGAACUCCCCCUGCGUUGUCAUCGGCCGUCAUCAAAAUCCUAUGGUCGAGGCCAACAUGCCCUACCUAGCUUCUGCCGGGGUACCUGUUGCCAGGCGAAGCAGCGGUGGCGGUACCGUGUACCACGACGAAGGAAAUCUCAACUGUACCUUCUUCACAUCAAGAGACAGAUAUAAUCGCAAAGAUAAUCUGAGUGUAAUCUGCCGCGCCUUAGAAGAAGAUUUUGGAAUACAGGCAGCUGUCAACGAUAGAGAUGACAUCGUUGUGGAAGACCAGUUCAAGGUUUCUGGAUCUGCAGCCAAGUUGGGUCGAACAACUGCUUACCAUCACUGCAGUCUUCUGGUGAAGGCAGAUAAAAUGCAGUUGAAAUUAGCUCUGCAAGGAGAUAAGACUAUAGACAGCAAAGCAACUGCUAGUGUUCCUGCUUCAGUAAUUAAUCUCAGUGAACUGAAAACUGACCUUACAGUGGACCAACUUCUUACAAGCAUUGGCCGUUCUUAUCUUCACUCUGCAAAUGAUAGUGCAUCAUUAACCCCUGAGCAGCUGUACCAAAGGUCCAGUGGUUAUACACUAAUCAAUCCAAGUGAGGAUUGGUUCCCAGGUCUCCAGGCAUUGCAAGAAGAACUGUCAUCAAAAUCCUGGUUACAUGAAAAGACACCAAGGUUUACCAUAACACGCCCAGUCACACUCCCUGAAUGCAUUGCACAUGAUACAACUGUAAAUGUUUCAAUACAGGCUUACCAUGGUCUCAUUGAAGAGGUAAAAGUGGUUGGACAUGAUGUGUGUCCUGAUGUAGCUGAAUUGGUCCAAGAAGUUGGAAAGGCUAUGAAAGGAUCACAGUUCUCCUUGGAUACAUUCCCAGACCUAGUGAAUCGUAUGAGACUACCUCAGCCUUUGCGGACCCAGAGAGUAGUUGUGUGAGCAGAUCCUGUGCAUUAUGAUAAUGUAAUGUUACAUCCAGGUGGUGGGAUUUUUCUAUUGUGAAUUAAUUUAGCACAAAAAAUUAAUGGUAAGUUCUGUAUAAUAUUAGCUCUUUAUAUUUUGUAAUUCUAAACUGUGGUUAUGUUUUCAGUUGUAACGGUAACUGAAAUAUUAUUUACCUGUUGUAUGAAAAAUGGAUUUUGUGGAACAUGUUCUGAAUCUCUUGUAAUAAAUUCAGCUAAAGUAAAAGUAAUUAUAAGUGUCAUUAUUUUG